ACUCGCCAUAUGGAAGCCCUCGCAAUGAUCUGCAACACUCUAAUAAUCAAGGAAAUAUAAUUAAAAGCCAGCGGGGGAUUGCCAAGGAAGUUCUCUCGUAAACAACUGCAGUUUAUCAGCGACCGCGCAGGGGUAAUCGAGGUGGGUCUGGAGAUUUUUGACCAUCCCCCUCGUUCCUCGUUCCCCUCCCCUCCCUUGGCAAUACUUACCCCAGUCCCUAAACAUCGUUGGAAGUUGGAAAGAGUCCAUUUCAGAGGCGGGAUUACAGUUAAGUUCAGCUGUCCGUGUGUUUCACGGGCGUACGCUCCCCUUGGAUCUCAAAACCAGUCAUUGCCCGUUUAAAUGGUAGGCCUAUAGUGACUGGGAAUAAAGACGAGGAAUACUACACCCGAAUUUAACCGGUUUGUGUGAAAAUCAUCGGAGCUGAAGUACUUUUUUUUGUACUAUAUUUUCUAACCCCAAUCUGUCAAACGUCGUACUGUUUCAGUUUUGAAAGACGCGCAUUAAUCAGGGAGGAUGUAUUUUCCAGCAGUGUUGAUGCUCUGUGCUCACGUGGCGCCAGCUUUGGGGUCAGCUUUCGGCCGGGAGAUGCCAGCGUCCACUAUUGAUGACAUGAAAGAUGCAGACAGUCCGUUUCACUAUGAUUAUGAGUCUCUUCGAAUCGGAGGCCUGAUCUUUGCCGUGGUGCUGUUCAUCAUGGGAAUCCUGCUCGUCAUCAGUCGAAAGUGCCGCUGCAGGUUCAAUCAGCAGCGGCCCAGGCCAGAGGGAGAGGCAGGAUCCAUCAGACGUCAGAAGUAAAUGCAGCAGACGGAUAUCUGACCUUGCCAUCAGGGGGCGGUCCGAGGCCAAAACCCGAGGAGGACUUCCCUGACGGAGAUUAACCCUUUGGGCGCAGGAAGCUUCUGUAAAUUCCUUCCUGUUCCAGCGUUCUCUCUCUAUUUGUAUAUCGUAUUCUAUUUUUCUUCUUCCUUUUCUCCUUUUUUUUCUAUACGAUUAACUAUUUUGAAAUGGUUUUGAGAAAGAUGUUAAUUGAAUGUGUUGUCUUUUGAGAAAAACACCUAUCUGAUGUUCCUAAGGUAAUAAACUGGUUUAAUUGUUAA